AUUAGUUUCUUUUCCACUUUCAGUGGUUGCCUUCCACAACGCUAAAACAGAGUCAAUGGCCGUCUUUUCCCCACGGAAGCAAGACAAAGAAGAAGAAGAAAAGCACUGUCCUUUCUUACGAAACCCAUCACGAAGACUACGAUGAUCACAAUCACCUUCUUCAUCAUGAUCCUACUUUCAUCUUCCUCUUACGCAGAAGACGACGUGCUCUGUCUCAAAGGCCUCAAGAACUCGCUCACCGAUCCUUCAGGCCGGCUCACCACCUGGUCCUUCCCCAACUCUUCGUCUUCCUCAAUCUGCGAACUCGCCGGAGUCUCCUGCUGGAACGAGAAGGAGAAUCGCAUCCUCUCCCUCCACCUCCCGUCGAUGCAACUCUCCGGUCAGAUUCCCGAAUCUCUCAAGCUUUGCCGCAGCUUGCAGUCUCUGGACCUCUCCGGCAACGAAAUCUCCGGAGAGAUUCCUCCAGAGAUCUGCUCGUGGCUCCCUUACCUCGUCACGUUAGACCUCUCCGGUAACAAACUCUCCGGCUCGAUACCUUCAGAGAUCGCUGACUGCAAAUUCUUGAACGGUUUGGCUCUCAACGAGAAUAAGUUAACCGGUCCGGUUCCUUUUAAGUUAACCCGGUUAGACCGGCUCCAGCGGCUUUCUCUCUCCGACAACGAUCUCUCCGGUUCGAUUCCCGCCGACCUCUCCCGUUUCGGAGAAGACGGGUUCGCCGGAAACGACGGACUUUGCGGGAGGCCGUUGUCAAGCUGCGGAGCGUUGAACGGUAAGAACGUGACGGUCAUUGUCAUCUCCGGUGUGACGGGAGCUGUCGGGUCGUUGUGCGUCGGGUUCGCCGUGUUCUGGUGGUUCUUCGUCGGAGACGCGAGGAGGAGGAAGAGGAACGGUUACGGCGCAGGAGAGUCUAACGACGACGGUGAUUGGAUCGGUCUGUUGAAGUCGCGUCAGCUCGUUCAGGUUGCUCUGUUUCAGAAACCUAUCGUGAAGAUCAGAUUGGUUGAUUUGAUUGUCGCUACGAACAGUUUCGAUUCCGACAGUGUCCUUGUUGUCUCUUCGAGAACCGGUGUUUCUUACAGAGCUGAUUUGCCUGACGGGUCAGCGCUUGAGGUCAAGAGGCUUAGCUGUGGGUAUGGGGUUGGUGAGAAGCAGUUUAGGUCGGAGGUGAACAUGUUAGGUCAGAUGAGGCAUCCGAAUCUGGUUCCGCUUCUCGGGUUCUGCGUUGUGGAGGAGGAGAGGUUGUUGGUGUAUAAGCACAUGGGUAACGGGACGUUGAACUCUCGGUUGCGGGGUUUGGAUUGGCCGGGUCGGGUUAGAGUCGGUGUUGGAGCGGCUAGAGGGCUAGCUUGGCUGCACCAUGGAUGUGAACAUGCGUGUAUGCAUCAGUACAUUAGCUCAAAUGUGAUUCUUCUAGAUGAAGAUUUUGAUGCUCGUGUUAUAGAUUAUGGUUUGGGGAAGCUAGUAGUGAGUUCUUCUCGGGACUCUAACGAUAGCUCGUUUAGUAACGGAGAUCUCGGUGAGGUUGGCUACGUUGCGCCCGAGUGUUCGAGCACUAUGGUUGCGUCUUUGAGUGGGGAUGUGUAUGCGUUUGGGGUUGUGCUUCUUGAGAUUGUUACGGGACGAAAGCCGGUUUCGUUUGACAGUGGUGAAGAUGGGUUUAAUGGGAGUUUAGUGGAUUGGGUGAGUAAGCAUUUGAGUAAUGGGAGAAGCAGAGAUGUGGUUGAUAGAAGUUUGAUUGGUAAAGGAUAUGAUGAUGAUGAGAUCAUGCAGUUUUUGAGAAUCGCGUGUAGCUGUGUUGUGUCGAGGCCUAAAGAAAGACCAUCGAUGAUCCAAGUUUACGAGUCUUUGAAGAAGUUGGGAGAUCGAUAUGGUUUCUUCUCUGACCAUAGUGAUGAGUUUGUUUCCACUGAUGUAUAACAAAGAACACCGAGUUAAACUGAUUUGAGAGUAUGAUGAUUAUGCUGCUGCUGCUUUGUAAGUACAAAGAUCGAUGCAUUCUUUACCACAUACUUGCGUAAUGUUUUCACUUUUAACUGUGGUUUUUUGGUUGUGUUGUUAUAGUUCUCUU